CUUACAGCUGUGCUGAAGAACUGGAGGAAAACAACCAUAAUGCAGCUUACCUUUCACCUUAAAAGGUGAAUGCAACUUGACAAAGAGAUGGCUGACAAAGGUGGAAAAAUUAUUUCAGGGCAAUUGUACAUUGAAGUUGAAUACGACUAUGAGUAUGAAGCAAAGAACAAAAGGAUUGUGAUAAAACAAGGGGAGAGAUACAUCUUGCUGAAAAAGACAAAUGAUGACUGGUGGCAAGUCAAAAAGGAUGAGAAUUCCAAGCCUUUUUAUGUACCAGCACAGUAUGUGAAGGAAGUAACUCGCAAAGCACUAAUGCCACCUGUUAAACAGUUGGGUGGAGUGCCAAACAGCUCGCUCAAACUUAUGCAUGGCUUACAGAGGUCUACAGAAAAUGUGAAUAAAUCUCCAGAGCUUUCUAGUUUUGGAAAAUCAUCUCCAGUUCAAGUGUCUGGCCUAGUUCGGGAUGCCAAUCAAAAUCUGGGACCAAACAGUAGCCCAGGUCAGACUUUUGGACUGAGCUUGGACCUUGCACAAAAUAACGGAAAACUUAAUGAAUUACUGUUUCCUAAGGUUUCUACUCAGAACAGAACUUUCUCUGUGUCCUAUUUUCCUUAUUCUGAGUGUAUGGAAAUAGAAAAGACCAGCUUUUUGCAAGAUCAGGCCUGUGAUUCAGCAGGAGAAGGUUCAGAAAAAAUCCACCAGGAUUCAGAAUCUGGAGAUGAACUCAGCAGCAGUUCCACAGAACAAGUGCAGCCAACAACUCCACCAAGCCAAGGAAGGCCAGAUUCACCAGUUUAUGCUAACUUGCAAGAACUAAAAAUAUCUCAGUCUGCACUCCCUCCUUUACCUACAACCCCUCCAAUUCAAAUUAAUGGAGAGUGGGAAACCCACAAAGAUAAUACAGGACGCUGUUACUAUUACAACAAAGGAACACAAGAAAGAACCUGGAAACCACCACGCUGGACUCGGGAUCCAAGCAUAAGUCGAGGAGACUCUCUGAACCAGAUUGAUCAAGAGACUCUGUCAUCACAAGAAAACUACCACAGUUCUUGUAACAGCCAGUCAGAUAGUCAGUAUGGUUCUCCUCCCAAAGGGUGGUCAGAAGAGUUGGAUGAACAUGGCCAAACGCUAUAUACCAGUGACUAUACUAAGGAAAAGUGGAUAAAACAUGUAGAUGAACAGGGUCGACCAUAUUAUUAUAAUGCAGAUGGAUCACGAUCGGAAUGGGCACUGCCAAAAUAUAGUGCAUCACCACAACAGCAGAGAGAGAUCAUUAAAAGCAGGAGCCUGGACCGACGGCUACAGGAACCAAUUGUCUUAACCAAGUGGAGGCACAGCACAAUUGUGUUAGAUACCAAUGACAAGUUGCCUACUAAUUCUUCUGAACAGCUCUUGCCUAAUCCUGCAUAUUUGUUUCCAACACAUCAGGACCAAGAUUCUUCAUCUCCAGUUGCUUCAAAGGCCACUUUUCCUGACAGUGAGUCAUCCUCUCCUUCCUCACCAAAGCAUCAUGCCACAGGCCAAGAGAAAUAUGGAUUAUUAAAUGUCACAAAAAUAACAGAAAAUGGGAAGAAAGUUAGGCAAAAUUGGAUGUCAUCAUGGGCUGUAUUGCAGGGUUCAUCACUAUUGUUUACCAAGACGCAGGGAGGUGGAACUAGCUGGAAGUUUGGAAACCAGUCUAAGCCAGAAUUCACAGUUGAUCUCAAGGGCGCAGUUGUUGACUGGGCUUCGAAGGAGAAAUCUAGCAAGAAGAAUGUGAUUGAGCUGAAAACACGACAAGGAACAGAAUUGUUAAUUCAGUCUGAUAAUGACAUUUCUAUUAAUGAAUGGCUUAAAGUUCUUAAUUAUACUAUUAAUAACCAGACAGUGGAGUCUGAUGAAGCAUUGGAUGAUGAAGUGCCGGAUUCUCCUGGAGUGGAAAAACAAGACAAAGAAAAGGACCAUAAAGACUCCAAAAAGCUUCGCUCGAUAAAAUUAUCUGGCAGCAUUGAUUCUUCAGAACAAAAGAAAACUAAAACGAAACUGAAGAAGUUUUUAACUCGCAGGCCCACGUUACAGGCUGUCCGCGAGAAAGGCUACAUCAAAGAUCAAGUGUUUGGUUGCAAUUUAUCUAGCUUGUGUCAAAGAGAAAAUAGUACUGUGCCAAAAUUUGUGAAGUUGUGUAUUGAGCAUGUUGAAGAACAUGGAUUGGAUGUCGAUGGCUUGUACAGAGUUAGUGGCAAUCUUGCAGUAAUACAGAAGCUGAGAUUUGCAGUUAAUCAUGAUGAAAAACUGGACUUGAAUGAUAGUAAAUGGGAAGAUAUCCAUGUCAUCACAGGAGCUCUAAAGAUGUUUUUUAGAGAAUUGCCAGAACCACUAUUCACUUACAAUCAUUUCAAUGAUUUUGUCAACGCAAUCAAACAAGAGCCCAGACAGCGUGUUCCUGCUGUACGAGAGCUGAUUAAACAGUUGCCAAAGCCAAAUCAAGAUACCAUGCAGAUGCUCUUCAGGCACCUCAAAAGAGUUGUGGAAAAUGGAGAGAAGAACCGAAUGACCUAUCAAAGCAUAGCCAUAGUCUUUGGUCCGACUCUGUUAAAGCCAGAAAAAGAGACUUGUAACAUAGCAGUUCACACAGUGUAUCAGAAUCAGAUUGUGGAGUUAAUCCUGCUGGAACUGAACUCAGUCUUUGGACGCUGAAUUUCUCCAAAUGCAACUGGCUUUUAAUGGGGGACUGCCUGGGCUCCAGCAGAAGCUGCAUCUCUUUUGUACACGGUAUAUUGUGUUUGCAGACCAAGCAGCAACUCGAUGUCUUUGCACUUUUUGUGGGAGAGGGAACUGUGUGUGACUUGUUCUAGCUGGGUUUUUGUGGAAGCUGUUAAAAAUCCCUUUACCACUCACUCAAUGUUGUGAAAAUUUCAAGGUUUGUACACUUGAAACUGCAGAUCUAGUCUAUAUGUACACACUGGAUUCCAUAGUGAGGGAAGCUGAGCUCAAAACUUGGUCUGGAUGAUCUGGAAUUGCUUUUUAGUGUUGCUUCUUACUGUUAGGUUCGCCAUGGUGUGGGGAAGAUAAUCCCCAUCAACUGACUUUGAAAAACCUCCAUGGGCAUUUUAAGUGAAUAAUUGCAUUAUAUGCUUACAUGUGAAUCUUUUAAGAUCAUUCCUGAUGCUGUCUACAGAAUUUCUGCACUCAUUUGGCAGGCUUUAACAAACAAAUGCUAUCAGUGGCCAGUGUACUUCCUCACUUGAGGUAUGAAACUUUUGCGGGCGGGGGCGGGGGGGGGAGGGUAUUGUUUAGCUUGUACAGAUUCUUUACUGGUUCACUUGGAUGCCUCACUAGUAUUAUUUAAAACUCUGAACUGGUACUCCUAUCCAACAGAGGAUAUACAGUGGUCUGAAAUGGAAUGAACUUGGAGCUUUUGGUUAAUCAAGUUCAUGUUUUUCAGUUUAUUGCUUGGGCUACACUUGGAAAACUGAAUUACAUCUAAGAGUCCUUAAUGAAUGAUUUUAAUGCUGUGCUGAAUUCUUGGUUUGGACCUGUGGUAGUAAAACGAGAUGUAAAUACAGUCCGAAGCCCUAACAACUUUUGGUUUUUAUAUUUAUAAACAUUGUUGUAUAGUCUCAGAGUACCAUCUAGUCACACAUUUCUAAUCAUGGGUGGAUGUUUUAACAGUUAAUAUAAUAUCUCUCAAUGGAUGUCUGGGAUUUUCACAGAGAAACCAGCUAAAAUGCUGUGCACUUUUAGAUUCUAAUUACAUCUGCAUGCAAAUAAAUGUAAUGCAAAUGGUACUGGGGAAAUACUGAGUGUGCUUGCUUAAAUGGUUAAUGCACUACAAGCAAGAGCCGCUGAUAUUUAAUAUGUACAGGAGAUACAUUAGAAAAAUGUAUUACAAAUUCUAACAUCUAUAAAUAGCAGAAGCCUAUGUUUGAAUAGAUGGACGUCUGGGAAAUAAUGAAAAUGCUAAAUUUCAGGAUUCCUUUUUACAUAAAUAAUGUAGAUUGAUUUGUAAAAUAGGUCGCAGAAGAUUUUGUUACAGGAGUUGUGGUCUGCGGAAGAUUUUUUUUAAUGUAUUUUUCUAGACUAACUGCUGAACCUGACAUUUGCAAUGUUGAAUCUGAAUAAAGAGACCUGUUAGCUGUUUUGGAA